GUGGUUCUUUGGCAUUAAAUAUGUUUUCUCCAAUGUUUUUUUAAUGGUUUAAUUUAGUGCUGCAGAGCCUCUUUUGGAAAAAGAAUUGGCCUUUGUUAUUGAGGGAUUUGGUUUCUAUAAUAAUUUUUAGUAGAAAAUAUCAGAAUUUAGUGGGAAACUAUUGGCAUCAGCACUGCAAGAUGAUGGCUUUGCCCUUAAGAGACAAAUUAUCUACCUGCAUUGGAAAUUGGAAUGACUGAAACCCCAAAUUGAGAAGGAAAGGGAUUAAGUGAUGAAGUUUUGUUCUUAUUAAUUUACUAUUUCUUUGUUUAAUUUUUUUAUUCUGUCCUAUAUAGCUAUGACCUUCAGAAGUUAUCAGGAACUGAAUAUUAUGUUUGUUGUAUUAACAUAACAAUGAAGGAUUCAGUAUUUGAUUAAUCAGUGUAUACUGUACAAUUAAUGAUACAGAGUGAUAGUAUCAGAGUUUCAGCUAUAAUACUUCUCUACUAGGGUGCUCAAUGUUUGAUUGUCUAAUAAUCUCUCUUGUUAUACGGGAAUCUUCUACCUAAAAUGGAAAAAUUAUAGUUUAUAGUGGAUUUAUUUCAUUAUAACAAGACAAUGAAGAUUCAUCAUCUGAUUAAUCAAUUUAUAGCUAUUUUAUUUCUCUUUUUUGGAAGUUAACAUAUUUUAGCUCUUAUGCUACUUCUUAGAAGUGGAACGGUUGCUUUUCCUUUAGGGGGUAACAUAUAGACUUGGGGCAUUUGCUUCUAGUCAUGUGACCUAUUCCAGUUUGAGAAUCCAUUUUUUUGGGUUUUCUUCUGGUCAUAUUGCUAGGUUGGAACAAGACAUAACGAUUGCAGUUCAAUAAGUCUAAUAAAGAUAUAAGAUCAUGUUUGACUCAUAUCUUUUUUUUUUUUUUUUUUUUGAAAAAGAUCAUAUCUUUCUUUUCAAUUCAUUGUGUGUUAUCAUUGCAUAUCGUGGAGAUCAUGUUAUCUGCGAAGGGGAAGCGGGGGAUGGAGUUUACUUCAUAUGGGAUGGAGAGGUAUAUCCGAGUGUUAAUUUUUCUUUAGUUAUACUGAAUGUAAGUGAAUAUAAGUCGUGAGAUUGAACUUUCUAUUGUUCUCGUAAUACUAUUGUUUUAGCCAAGCUGAUGAUGAAAAUCGUCCUGAACUCCAGCUGAAAAAACUUGAUUAUUUUGGUCAUGGUGAGAUGCUCUUUCUCAUCUUCAUAUAUUUUUUGCGUUUCUUGAUUUUCUCUCAAUCCCAAAUUCAAGGAAUUUGUAAAUUGACUAUCUGCCUUGUUAUGGCCGCUACUAAUAACUGUUUGCUGUAUAUAUAUUUUGUAUGUCGCUUUAGAGUUCAGAUUCAGUUACUAUCCCUCUGUAGGUCUCUUUUUUGGCCUCUGUUAGUAGCACAGUGAUGUUCUAGCACUUUUAGACUUCAAUCUUAAUGUUUGGGUAAAUCAGAAGUGAUAACAAGGUUCAGACGUUAUGGCAGGUUUGACGAAAUCUAGACAGCAAGCUGAGGUGAUCGCAUUGUCUAAGCUGACAUGCUUUGUGCUGCUUCAUGAGCAUAAUAAUCUGCUCCAGCCCAAAUCAAUCUGGAAUGCAGAUAAAGAAAGAGAUAAGUGCCCACUUGUGGAGCACAUAUUGCACUUGGAUUCUAUAGAAGUGAACAUUUCCCAAGGUAUAACAUUGCCAGAUGCCCCCAAAUUUGGGAAAGUGUUUGGAGGUCAGUUUCUUGGGCAGGCAUUGGCUGCAGCAUCAAAAACUGUUGAUUUUCUCAAGAUUGUUCAUAGUUUGCAUGCCUACUUCCUUCUUGUUGGGGAUCUUGACAGUACUCUCUCUCAUUCGAUGGUGAAUUCUCAAAUCAGCUGAGCGCAUAAGUCAUGGAGUCUGGUGGAUACUACUCAAA